AUGGAGAACAUUGACAUUUCCGAGCUAGUGGAGAGAUUGGGGAGUGAUGAAGAUGCAAUUCGCAAAAUGGCGGUUUUCAAGCUCCAGAGCAACAUCGGAGACCCUUCGUUUGCAGACAUUUUCAUCUAUGAAGGUGGAUUAACAAAAUUGCGCCAUCUAUCCCUCCAUGCAAGCGGGAAUACCUUGGCAUACAGCUUAACGAGCUUUGCGAGGUUACUAGAAGUUGACAAAGGCUGGGAAUUUGUCGAUCAAGAAGUUGUAGAGCGGAUCGUCGAGCUUAUUGUCACCCAUCCGUUAGUGAACAUCCUACGCGGAGCGAUGUCCAUUCUUGUCUCUAUCGUAUCGCAUCCUUAUACCGGCAGCCGUCUCUCGCAGGCAGGCAUAUUCGGUUUUCGUGCAUUGAAACCUGCAAUCGCUAUAUACCCACAGUUCCUGGAAAUGCUCGUCAGUAGACUUUCCUCCGCCGACCACGCCCUUUGCGCUAAUGCGCUACAAUUAAUAAAUUCACUCAUGCGCGACUCAAUUACAAAUGACUCGGAGGUAGAAUGGCCCAAGUUUAUUCAAAAACUACAAGAUCUGGGCGUAAUUAGGGCAGUCUACGUUUUGAUGCAGGGCACCGCAUUGCAAGACCAUGCACAUCCUUUGAUUGAAUUUCAAUCUCUCACCAAAGUUCUGCUGAGAAAAUGGCGAGGAGUUGCUUUGGAUCUAGAAAAGCCUGAGCACCGGAGAGCAUUAAAAGGGGUUCAUUUGGCUAGUAAUCCCGAAAAGAAUUACGAUAAAGCAGUUGGCAAUGGCGAUGACACACGGCGGUCAAGGAGACACAACCCAGAGAAAUGGAGGCGACUCGGAUUUGAAUCGGAAAACCCAGUGGUAGAAUUUCAGGAAAUGGGAUUUCUGGGAAUGAUGGAUUUGGCAGACUAUGUCAGAAACCACCAGGACGAAUUUCAAAAAAUGCUUUUAGAGCAGUCAUCAAAAACAGCCAGUCAAAAAUGCCCUAUUUCCAAGGCCUCCCUGUCUGUGACUUCUAUGCUUUACGAGCAUUUCGAGGUAGACAAAUCGGAGAUGGAAGAUGCCAAAAGUUACCUAAUACUUGAGUCCCGCUCCAAUCUGGACAAAUUGUUCAAGCCUUUGCUGCUGCAUUGGACGCGCUUGCAUGUGGCGGGGCUGCAUGCUUUUUUUCGUUUAUGGAAAUCCACUGGUGCCGAGGCAGAAGAUUUCGAAAAAAUAGCCGAACUUGUUCGCAUUCUGGUCGAAUCGGUCGUCGGAGGGGCGCCCCGUACGAAAGAUAUACAAGAUGUCGAGGAGGAGCUAGCCGACUUUGGGUACCAUCGGUUACGUGAACUUCAAAUGGAACUCCUUGAGCUUACUUAUGAAGAUGCUUGGGGGCAACAUCUACGACAAGUGCGUAAUGAAUUACACCACGAAGCUCUUCAGUUUGUCAAGGAGCAGAGGAUCCGGUGCCUCCUACAAGGAUCCUGGUUUCCAAAUGAGAAUACUUCAAAAUCGGACGUGGGACCAACGGCAAAAUGCACAUAUAGAUACGCUCAACUCUCCCAUAAUCGGAGAUAUCUGCAUUUCGGCGAUUUUAAUAUAGAUAACAGAAGUCCAGAGCUAGAUGCUCUACCAGAUAAAAUUGAUUUAUCAAUCGUGUCAUCUGUAGUUUCUAAUAUUUCGGCAUCCCCAGAUAAUUCGUCUUCUUCCACUGUAAAGACUACAUCUCAUCAAGUUUCGUCUACCAAAAUCACCAUACAUGGCUUUGCCCACUCAGCUCCCGUCACAGCAGCCACACAGAAAGGUCAUGACCAUGCUCGCUCGGCCAGCAAGACAACUCAGAAAGAAAUCGUUCUAUUGACUCUCCGACCACGAUCUCACAGCAUUGCAUCGGAGUGGCUUGAUGGUUUACUUAUGCUUUUGAACCAACAGCCUAUCACAGCGGAGACUAACAGGCUGAUCAGCCUAAUCAGCAAUUAUGGACUCAAGAUCCGUUUGCUAAAUGUUCGCUUUGACGAUGCGGCAUUCGCAGGCGAGACCCCGAAGGUGCCUCCCCGCGAAGGUCUCGAUGACGACUAUUAUUAUGAUGUUUUUGGGGGCCCUUGA